AUGAAGCUCUCGAACCUUUUUGAAAUCCUCUCUCUGGCCACGUUAGCAGCCUCCCACCCGGGCACCAAAACAAAGAAAGAUGGGGCAGAUACUCCCUGGGGCGCUUUUCCGUCACCAGCUCAGUCGUUUGUGCCCUGGGUAGAAUCAAGUACAUCGCCCGCCAUCUUACGUGUCGGCCAAGCGGUGAUCAACAACCACUGCCCUUUCCCCAUCUACAUUUGGUCCGUCGGCAGUGUUAUUGGGCCAGAAGUCACGACCGGGCCAAACGGGCGCUAUGUUGAGACGUUUCGUCACGAUCCCAAGAGUGGUGGCAUUGCGAUCAAGAUCUCCACUUCGCCCAAUGGGUUAUUGACAAGUUCGCCGCUGACUGUAUUUGCGUAUAACUUGUCCGGUGAUGGGAAAGUGUGGUACGAUUUGUCAGAUGUAUUUGGGGAUCCGUUCAGGGGUCACUCUGUUGUGUUGGAGCCAUCACAGCCGGGAAUAUCCUGGAGAGAUGGCUCCCCCCCUGCUGGCAGUGGUAUUCGCGUACGCGAUGCUUCGAACGAUUUGGUCUUGACAUUGUGUUGA